AUGCCAUUACCAAGACCAGCCGUCUUAGAAGAAGAACAAAACAUCAUCAGAUUUGUAGUGGUGACGAAUGAUAAAUUACCAGAUUCAUCUAUCAUCUUAACCGGUUUAAAAGAUUUAUUUCAAAGACAAUUACCUAAGAUGCCAAGAGAAUAUAUUUCAAGAUUAGUGUUUUCAAGAGAUCAUUAUUCAUUAGCGAUCGUCAAGAGAGGUUUAGAAGUCGUUGGAGGGAUCACCUAUAGAGCAUUUGAAAGUAGAGGGUUUGCUGAGAUUGUGUUUUGUGCGAUCACUUCUACUGAACAAGUUAAAGGUUAUGGAUCUCAUUUGAUGAAUCAUUUAAAAGAUCAUAUUAAGAAUACUACACUUUGUAAACAUUUCUUAACUUAUGCUGAUAAUUAUGCGAUUGGAUAUUUUAAAAAACAAGGGUUUUCGAAACAUGUGGGAAUCGAAAGAUCUGUUUGGGCUGGAUAUAUUAAAGAUUAUGAAGGUGGUACAAUUAUGCAUUGUGCAAUUUUACCUAGAAUUAUAUAUCUUGAAUUACCCACGAUUUUAGCAAAACAAAAACAAGCAAUUCAAAGUAAAAUCAAAUUAGUUUCACAAUCUCAUGUAGUACAUAAAGGUUUAGAAGUUUUCAAAACACCAGGGUUUAAACCUAUAGACCCAAGUGAAGUACCAGGAUUGAAAGAAUCAGGUUGGACACCUGAAAUGGACAGAUUAACAAGAAGACCAACCCGACCACCAUCUUAUAAUGCGAUGCGACACAUCUUAACCGAUUUACAAAACUCACAUCAUGCAUGGCCAUUUUCAAAACCAGUGAAUGCAGAAGAAGUCACAGAUUAUUAUACGGUUAUUUUGAAACCAAUGGAUUUAGAAUCUAUUGAAAUCAAAUUAGAAUCUAAUACUUAUUUAAACCUGGAUGAUUUUUUGAGUGAUUUGAAUUUGAUUUUUGAGAAUUGUAGAACUUAUAAUGCAGAAGGUAGUAAUUAUGUUAAAUUGGCGAAUGCGGUGAGUUUCUUUUCUUCAUUUUUCAUUGAAGAGGGUUCUCUUGGAUUGAAUUUUUUGACCGAUUGA